CCUCUGACGGCCGAGCGUGGAUCCGCUGCUGCCUCCCUUCACAAACACGGAAGCAGCAUGGCGUCCGACGGCUCCUCCGACAGGCAGAGGGUUGCCCAGCAAAGACUGAGAAUAAUCGCCGGGCAUUUACAGAAACCAGUGGACGUCGACUCCGACAUCCUAGCCGCGGAGUGCAAAGCCCAGGGCCCCAAGACACAAGCGUCCAGUGAGGGGAGCGCGAUGCCGAGGAGGAGGCAGGAGAUUAUGAAAUGGAACGGCUGGGGAUACAUCGAUACAAAAUUCCUCUUCAACAAGAAAGGCCAAGCAGAAUUUACCGGCAAAAGGUAUAGACUAAGUGGUAUGAUCAUCCCUGCUCUGAGAGAUUGGUUUGAAGGCACGUUUGGAGCUAAUCUGCAGCAUAAAUCCCUAGCAACACCCAUUCUGACUAGCGGUGCUGUACAGCCUCCCACUCUUAACGAGGCCUUUGUGGAGGAACUGAAAUCCACGGGUAUCCCCUUCUCUCAUGAUGCAGAAGACCGGGUGUUUCGUGCCCACGGCCAUUGCUUACACGAGAUCUUUGCUCUGCGAGAGGGGAAAGUUGGUCGUGUUCCAGAUCUGGUGGUAUGGCCAAACUGCCACAAUGAUGUAGUGAAAAUUGUGGAACUGGCGUGCAAACAUAAUGUUUGUUUGAUACCAUAUGGAGGAGGGACGAGUGUCUCUAGUGCCCUGGAGUGCCCCCCGGAGGAAACUCGCUCCAUUGUCUCUCUGGAUACCUCACAGAUGAACCGCAUCCUGUGGAUCGACGAGAAAAAUUUAACUGCCCAUAUGGAAGCUGGCAUCGUCGGUCAGGAUUUGGAGAGAUUGCUUAAUGAGAGCGGCUACUGUACAGGACAUGAGCCGGACUCCAUGGAGUUCAGCUCCCUGGGGGGCUGGGUAGCAACCAGAGCAUCAGGCAUGAAGAAGAACAUCUACGGCAACAUUGAGGACCUGGUCAUCCACGUAAAGAUGGUGACCCCCCAAGGAGUGAUUGAAAAGAGCUGUCAGGGCCCACGCAUGUCCACAGGGCCGGACAUUCACCACUUCAUCAUGGGCUCAGAAGGAACCCUGGGCGUGGUUACUGAGGUAACGAUGAAGAUUCGUCCCAUGCCGGAGUAUCAGAAAUACGGCUCAGUGGUAUUCCCUAAUUUUGAGCAGGGAGUGGCCUGUCUCCGAGAGGUUGCCAAACAGAGGUGUGCCCCAGCAUCUAUACGACUCAUGGAUAAUGAACAAUUUAAAUUUGGUCAUGCCCUAAAGCCUCAAGUAUCUUCAAUUUUCACAUCCUUUCUGGACGGGUUGAAGAAAUUUUACAUCACCAAGUUCAAGGGGUUCGACCCCAACUGCUUGUGUGUGGCCACCCUACUGUUUGAGGGAAAUCGUGAGAAGGUCCUGCAGCAUGAGAAGCAAGUUUAUGACAUCGCUGCAAAAUUUGGGGGGCUGGCAGCUGGAGAGGACAAUGGGCAGAGGGGCUACAUGUUGACCUUCGUCAUCGCUUACCUCCGGGACUUGGGGAUGGACUACUAUGUGAUGGGGGAGUCCUUUGAAACCUCUGUGCCUUGGGACAGGGUGUUGGACAUUUGCCGGAACGUAAAGGCACGCAUCACUCGAGAGUGUAAAGACAGAGGAGUGCAGUUUCCACCGUUAUCCACAUGCAGGGUGACUCAGACGUAUGACGCUGGUGCCUGUGUCUACUUUUACUUUGCCUUCAACUACAGGGGACUCAGUGAUCCAGUACACGUGUAUGAACAAGUGGAGCGUGCAGCCAGAGAAGAGAUUCUUGCCAAUGGAGGGAGCUUGUCACAUCACCACGGAGUGGGGAAACUUCGGAAGGAGUGGAUGAGAGAGACCAUCUCCAGCGUCGGCAUGGGGAUGCUCAAGUCCGUCAAGGACUACGUGGACCCCAAUAACAUCUUCGGCAACGGGAACCUUCUCUAAUUUCCCGCUCACCUUUAUCUCACCCUUUUUUUCUAAAAAACAAAAAAGCAUCUUGUGCAUUUUGGAUUAAUAGAUUACUAAAUGUGAAUUUAAAAUGGACAGAUGUUGUCUUUUUCAUCAGUCAUUUGGUGCCAUUUAUUGAUUCACCCAAACCUUUUCUUUUACAUUAUAUUGCAUUUAAUAUGCUGUAACAAUCACUGUCACUCACGGUGCAGCUCCUUUUUCGCCGCCUCAGCUUGUUGUUGGAGCUACGGCCAUGAUGCAACCAGACAUGAUGCAACAAGACCUUGAUUUUUGUCAUAUUUUCUUACGUUUAACCAUUUCCUUAAUAUCCUUGCCAACAAAGUUGAUUCAUCUGUUUUGUUCUUACUUUCCACUUGUGUGUGUCUGGUAAGUGUGUGCAAGUGUGUGUGUGUGUGUGUGUGUGUGUGUGUUUGGGGCCCUCCUGUUGUGGUAAUUUGUAGAUGAAUGCGCUUUAUAAAGCUCUGUGCCUUUCUUAAGCUUAUGUCUGCCUUCCCUUUCUCCCACUAAACACACUGCUGGUGUACAGUGAGUCCCUUUGUGGAGCAACAUUAACUUGAUCAUGAUGUUUUCUAUGUCUUCAUAUUUCUCUUGCCCUCAUGCCUUUUGAUGUACUGACCUAUUGCCAUAAGAGACUUUUUUUUCUCGUCUGUACGCGUGUGUGUGUGUCCCUCUGCACCACAACCCCCCCCCCCCCUUCUAGAAGUACAAUAUGAUAACAAAGAGAGAUAUUCCCUGUGUGUUUAGUUUUUUUUUGUACUGAAAGCAUUAACCUUGCAUGGUUUGUUACUGAGAAAGUGAAGUGGGGAAAAAAGCCAUCGAGGUUUUUCUAUCACGCCUGCUUCAAUGUCACCGCGUUUGCAGUUCAAGGCCUCUGGAUCUCGGUGCUGACGUUGUACCAAAGACUCAACACAUCAGAACAUGCAAACGCACCGUAAACAUAUGUUUGAUUAAGUGACCCUUGCACAUAUUUAGUAUCUUCAUGCACAGCUCAACUAUAUUUUUUAAUCAGCAUAUGCAAAGAUGACCCUUCUGAGAGCUGUAAGAUGUAGAUACGUGUCUGUUACAUGUGCUGAAACCUUCUACAUCAUGUCUUAUGUUCAAGACACUGUAUUGGAUUAUUACUUUUCCAUAGAUUUGAUCAGAAAUUCCUCCUAAAAUAGUUUCCCUUGUUUUCUGUACGGUGUUAAAGAUUUUUGUAAGGGACAGUGUAAUGUUCUACAAUUUCAUACCAGACUUGAACCAUUUGUCACUGAUGACCAUUGAUUUUGAAGCAAAGUGAAGCUUUAAGAGAGCUGUUUGAAGAUAAAUCUUGCCUUUUUUUCUCUUUCUGAUCAGUGCUUCACAUUUUCCAGAACCACCUUGUUCUUUUUUUAACUCAUAAUAUUUCACCAAAAAAAAGAACUCUUUAAGGAACCUGUCGUAUGACAUUUAAUGUCAGUCAAACAACGUGCGAGAGCUUUUGAACCUUAUGGAUAUGCCUUUUGUUAUUCUCCUAACAAUGUCGUACAUUUUGUCAAUGCUGUUUGUGCAAUAAAUUUAACUAAAACAUCUAA